ACUCUCAUUUCUUCUCACCUGUACUUAACCUACCUACUACAUAUGCCAAGAUGAUGAAGGGUAUGAUAAUAAAGAACAUGACCUUCAAGGUCGGACAAACCCUCACUGUUGUUGGAGUCAUCAAAUCUGAUCCCAAAAGGUUUGCUGUGGAUAUUGGCCAGAGUGAGGACAAAAUUGCACUUCAUUUCAACCCUCGUUUUGAUGACAGCAGAGACAUAAAUAUAAUUAUCUGCAACUCUUUUGAGGGAGGCAAUUGGCGUCAGGAACAACGUGAGGAACGUUUUCCUUUCAGCCCGGGAAAGGAAUUCAAGAUCUCCAUUCAGUUCACUUGUUCAGAGUUUGUGGUGACUUUACCAAAUGGCUCAGCGUUCCGUUUCCCCAAUCGCAUGGGUGCAGAGAAAUACUCUGUUAUAGGCUUUCGUGGGGAUGCUGUCAUCAGAAGCAUUGAGAUCAAGUAAAACGACAUCCACCCUUGAAUUGCUGAAUUGAAAUUCUUGUUUUAUUUUUCUGCUUGUCUGGCAGCAGAUUUUUAGCUCUGCACACAGAUGACUGAACAUCCUGUUAUGGAACUGUGCAGUUUUAAAGUAGUCCAAGGGAUCUUUUGGUUUGGAUUCGUAGUUUUUUGCUUGUAAGAAUUGUAUACAGUAAAUUAUCAUCAAGUUUCAUUUACUGUGCCUUUAAUUGCUUCACUAUUCACUAUUUGUAUUUUCCAAGACUUUUUACUUGUCAGUUCUUUCCUGCA